CGUUGAGCCCCUGUAAGAUGCCAAUCUGUCAAGCAAUGGCGGAACAUGCUCUGUUCGUCGGCCGUGGCGGUUGCAGAAAAAGCCGGGGCAGAAACCCCCCUCAUCUAUGCCCCUAUGCAUUCUCCACAUUCUCGCGUAUGACCGUCUAUAGACCGUGAGGGCCACUGCCAACUCGAAGCUUCACCGGCGACCGUCCUGCGUAUUCACCCUGGCGAGAUGGCGAGCACGGUACUCAACAUGCAGGAUGCAGACCUCCUUGUGGUCGAUUUUCUGAUCAUCGGCGGAGGCAUAUCAGGUCUCACCGCUGCAAUUGCUCUCGCGCGGACAGGACACAGGGUCACAUUGCUGGAAGAGGGAAAUGAUUUCCAGGAAACGAACCUGGCGGGCGGGUGCAGGCUCGCACCCAAUAUGUCUAGGCUCUACUUCCGAUGGGGCCUCGAGACGCAACUCCGCGAUAUUUCUUACAUGCAGCAAUAUGUGUGCUUCAUGCAAUGUGAAACCGGAGAGGUCGUUGCACGGGGCGAAUGGGUACACGACUUCAAGACGGAAAGCGGCGGAGUUUUCCUCGGGAUGCACUACGCAGAUUUCCGCCGGGUGCUCUACGAGACCGCCGUCACGUCCGGGGCGAAUUUGCGAGGCGAUGCGAAGGUCGUCACGGUUGAUCUGAGCGGGGAGAGGCCUUCAGUCACUCUCGAAAGCGGGGAGCAGGUCACAGCCGACGUUAUUGUCGGCGCGGAUGGCACGCACAGCGUUUCGCGGUCACUCAUGCUCGAGCCUGAGGAAGACGAAACGCGCUCAACGGGGAUGGUUCUGUACAACGCUGUCGUCCCGAUGGACAAAAUCAAGUUGGAAGCAGAUCUGGCCGGAUUUCUCCCCGAAGGACUCGGCACCGCAUGGUCAUGGGCAGGACACGGAUGCGGUGUUAUCGGUUUCCCCAUCAAGCGGAACGAAUUCCACCUACACAUCUAUGCGCCCGACAGUGGGAGUGAGAACCUCCUAGUCAAUCAACCAGUCUACAUGUCAGGCAACGAAGAGCUCCUUGCAGUGAUGAGGUCGGAGAGCUGUGAACCCCGGCUUAUCAAGUUGGUCGAGAUGGCCACGAGAGUCAUGGCCAUGCCCGUCACCGACAAGCCGGAGAUCGAAGACUGGGUGCACGAAUGCGGCCAGUUCGUCGUCAUCGGUGAGGCCGCGCACCCACUCACCACUGGCUCGCUGUACGCGGUCAGCAUCGCCGCGGGCGACGGGAUGAUGCUCGGGCGGCUGUUCAGCUACCUGCACCGCCGCGAGCAGAUCCCGAGCUUCCUCGCCGCGUUCGCGGAGAACCGGCAACGGCGCGUGCAGUCGGUCAAGAAGGCGCAGAGCACGAACCCCGCGUCGAUGUCGAUGCCGCCCGGGAUCCUCCAGGCGAAGACGCUCAAGAACGUCGUGGAGUCGAUGGGUAACGAAGAGGCGGCGUGGUAUACCGAGGAGGCCAUCCGGGAUAUCUUCAUAUUUGAUCCGGAGGAAGAGGCGGACGACUGGUGGGUCCAGUGGGGGCUCGUGCAGGAGCGUGCGGCGCGCGUACUACCCGGUACAUUCAAGUUCAACCUUGUCAAAGUCGGUGCCGAUCUUUGACUCACUGUUUUUCUUUAUGUGUUUUGGAUUCGUUGUUGUGUUUUGGAUUUCGGAUUUUUAUACCAUAGAAGAUAUCGGCUCAUCGUAACCAUGUAACCGCUACGCUGUAUUUCUUUAUGUCAUCCUUCACCGUUCUCCCAGCCACGGGCCUUGCGACGGGGGACAAUAGACUCCAGGAACUUAGGCCUUAUGUACUCAAGACUCCGUUGAUUCUUUUCUCUAUGUCAUAUGUCGGAGUCUUUGGACUACGUUCAAGAAUGUUGUUGUGAUCCUGUGUUAUACAUAUACAUAAAUGUACACGUUGCCCA